AUGUCUCGUUUCUCGCCACAGCUAACCGGUGCUCAUGUCCUCGUGACUGGUGGAUCAAAGGGCAUCGGAAGAGUCAUUGUCGAAACUUUCCUCGCUGAAGGAGCUAACGUUUCGUACGGUGCUCGAAAGGUCCGAGGGGAUGAGUUCUCUCUCUUCAAAGGCGCUACUAAUGGAGCGCGUGCUUCUGGAUCCGUCCUCGAUAUUGCCGACUCGGAUUCUAUCCGAUCUUGGGUUGAAAAUGCGUCCAAGGAAUUCGGAAGAAUUGACAUUGUUGUGGCAAACGCCUGCCCCUUGCUUACGGACGCUACAACUGAAGCCUGGCAAAAGAGCUUCCAAGCCGAUAUUCUCGGCCUUUGGACCCUAAUUGACGUCGCAACUCCUCACCUUGAGGCGAGAGGCGGCACUGGCUCAAUCGUCGUGAUCAGCUCGAUCGCGGGCAUUGAGGCCAGGUAUCCGGUCGUUGGAAGCCCAUACACGACAUUCAAGCGUGCCCAAGCUACACUCGCCAAGGACCUCGCUCGCCAGCUCGGACCCAAGGGAGUUCGCAUCAACACCGUGGUCCCUGGGGCCAUUGACACACCUUCGAUUACCCUUCCCGAUGGAACUGAGGAAUUAAGUAGUUUCGGAAUUAUAAAACGCGACAACCCUGGUUUCUUGGAGGCUAUUGAAAGCCAAGUUGCACUGGGCAAAGCUGGCGAGCCCCAGGAUGUAGCUAAUGCGGUCAUGUACUUGGGGAGCCGUCUCGCCAAGUACGUGACAGGGGCAAGUCUCAUUGUUGAUGGUGCGAUCUCUAUCGCAUUUUAG